AUGAACACGGUCUACUCGGAAAAAUCCGCCAUGUCUCUCGAACAGCAGCCUCUGCUCGACACAACGCCCAGAAAGUCGCGGAUCGCCAGUGUUUGGGGCAAGCUGCUUGCACUGGUCGUGUUGCUGACGUUUGUCGCCACGUCGUACGUCGUGGUCACCCUUUCCAUGACUAAACCCAAGUACCCCGACCUGCCCAACUUCUAUGUGGUCAAGGACAUGGACCCCAAGCUCAUCCCCAGCCACAAGGACGAUACCCGGCUCAUCUUGGUUGGUGACAUCCACGGCUCUUUCAAGCAGCUCAAGCAUCUGUUGGACAAAGCCGACUACAACAAGAAGAAGGACCAGCUUUUCUUCCUAGGUGACUUCAUCUCCAAGGGCAAGGACUCGGAGGGAGUCGUAGACUUUGCCAUCAAACACAAUGCGCUCUGCGUUCGAGGAAACCACGAGGACAAACUCGUCAACGCGUAUGAAAAAUACCACCAUCUGCACCAUCAGAAAACGCUCAAGACCCCUGGAGGGCAUCACAUUACCCGAGACGCACCUGCCAACAUUCUCGCUGACGAAGACGAUCUGGCCGAGGACUUUACCGCCGAGCAGAUGAAGUACAUUGCAUCGUGUCCUGCUAUCAUGAGACUGGGAGACAUUGCCGAAACAGGCAACCUCGCUGUCGCCGUGCAUGCCGGUCUCAUGUGGAAUGUGCCCCGGCUGGAAGAUCAGGAUCCCGACGCGGUUAUGCGCAUGCGAUCUCUGCUUCCUCCACGAGAUACCGUGUACACUGAGGACGACGAUGGAGUGCCGUGGUUCGAGGUGUGGAACGACAAGAUUGAAGAUCGGCCCAAGAAGGACCGAAUGACCAUCUUCUAUGGCCAUGACGCUCGUCAGGGCCUGCAGCUCACCAAAUACACCCGAGGUCUGGACUCCGGCUGUGUCAAGGGAGGCAAGCUUAACGCCAUGAUCAUUACCCAGAAGAAGAAUGGCAAGUUUGACGAAGAGUUGGUGCGAGUGAGCUGCAAGGAGCUGGAUUAG